CCCACACCUGUGCGGAACUCGUACCUCCCGCACUCUCAAAAAUGGAGGCAAAAACCAGUGCAUUCCCCUUUAUCGGCUUUCUUCUCACUCUUCUCUCUCUCUCCACCGCCUUCUCCGACUUCCAAACCCUUAUUCCCAAAUCUCUUCCGGCCUCACCUUCGCUCUUAUCGCCUGAAUCCGCCACCGAUUCCGAGUCUUUCAUCUCCUCGGAGGCCGGCUUAGAGUUGCAGCUUCACCAUUUGGAUGCUCUGUCUCUGAACAGAACGCCGGAGGAGCUCUUCCAUCUCCGCCUUCAGAGAGACGCUCUCAGAGUCACGAAACUGAGUUCACUCAGUGGUGGCUCUCAGAAUCUUAGCCAAGCUAGUGGGACCAGCCACGGGACCACCGGGUUCAGUAGCUCAGUGAUCUCGGGACUCGCUCAGGGUAGCGGCGAGUACUUCACGCGCAUCGGCGUUGGCACGCCGCCCAAGUAUAUCUACAUGGUUCUCGACACUGGUAGCGAUAUUGUUUGGCUACAGUGCGCUCCCUGUAAGAAUUGCUACUCUCAGACCGACCCGGUUUUCAACCCGGUUAAGUCCAGAUCCUACUCCAAGGUUCUUUGCCGAACGCCGCUUUGUCUCCGGCUCGAAUCUCCGGGGUGCAACCAGAAGCAGACGUGUCUCUACCAGGUUUCUUACGGGGACGGUUCUUAUACGACUGGUGAAUUCGUCACCGAAACCCUAACCUUCCGGCGGACUAAAGUGGAGCGCGUAGCCCUAGGUUGCGGCCACGAUAAUGAGGGCUUAUUCGUUGGUGCGGCGGGGCUGUUAGGUCUCGGUCGGGGAGGAUUGUCAUUUCCGUCGCAAGCUGGCCGGAGUUUCAAUCAGAAAUUCUCCUACUGCUUGGUGGACCGAUCCGCCUCUUCCAAACCGUCCUCCGUCGUUUUCGGCGACUCCGCCGUAUCUAGAACCGCCCGGUUCACUCCUCUUCUCACAAACCCUAGGCUGGAUACAUUUUACUAUGUCGAACUGUUAGGGAUCAGCGUCGGAGGCACGCCUGUCUCCGGCAUCUCCGCUUCACAUUUCAAGCUCGAUCCGAACGGAAACGGUGGAGUCAUCAUCGAUUGCGGUACCUCCGUCACUCGAUUAAACCGACCGGCGUACAUCGCCUUGCGCGACGCCUUCCGUGCUGGAGCCUCGAGUUUGAAAUUGGCCCCUGAGUUUUCUCUGUUCGAUACUUGCUACGACUUAUCCGGGAAAACGACGGUAAAGGUUCCGACGGUGGUGCUACAUUUCAGAGGCGCUGACGUGUCGUUACCGGCGUCCAAUUAUCUAAUCCCGGUGGACGACAACGGGAGGUUCUGCUUCGCCUUCGCUGGAACGACCAGUGGGCUGUCCAUCAUCGGCAACAUUCAGCAGCAAGGAUUCCGGGUCGUGUACGAUUUGGCGGGUUCUCGGGUCGGAUUCUCCCCUCGUGGUUGUGCCUGAUGUCGACGAACCGACGUAAUGCAAGGCCGGGAAAAUCCUCCGCCGCCGUCUGUCCAUUUCCUUUUUUCAGUUCAGACGUGAUGAUUAAAAAUAAAGAAAAAGAAAAAAGGAAAAGGUUUAAACAAACUAGCUGAGCUGUAUCAGAAGAAAUGGAGGAGAAAGGAGUAUAUGACUCAAAACGGUGUCGUUUAACGUUUACUAUUUUACUUGACUUCUUCUAUCUUUACCUUGCUGUGAAAUUAGUGUCUUAUUUUAAAUAAAUAAAUUAAGGUCGAGUUGAUAAUUAA